AUGAAAGAAAAUUGCAUCAAGACUGCCGCUGCCAUCGAGUGCUCCAUGGCGUGCGCCAAUCAGCAAGACUGUGCGAGUGUAGCCAGCGACCACGCAUCCGACGAAAAGACUACCCACCACGAUACCUGCGACCAUGAAGAUCAUGGCCACCAUCGUGGUCAUGCCGAAGAGUCCACAGCGAGCAAAGACAUUCACGUCAGUAGUGCUCAUGAGCACGUUCAUGGCGAGGAUGGCACCCAUCCCGACGAGCCUUGCAAUGUUCACCUCAAAGCAGCCAUGGAGAAAUAUGCCACAUACCUUGAGUCGGCUCAGUGUAUUUGUCGAAGCAUCCUUUCGUCGGCGCGACGAAAUGAGUCCUGCUGCAUUCAGCCUCCCGCCAGUAGCGUCUCUGCUACCAGGAAACCCCAUAGUCAUCAUCUCAGUAUGAAAGACCACCGGGUUGUCCUGUCUCGCCGCCGCUUCAGGAAAGCGCCGGUGGAAGCGAUACCAACCAUGUCUGAGAUAAAAUGCUGUGGCAGCCGUGAGCGCCUUGACCUUGUUGAAUUUGAGGUUCAGGCCGCUCCUAAAAAGACUUGGAUGGACGUCGAGAAGGUGGCAGGACUUUCACAUAUUCUUCUGAAUGUCACUGGAAUGGACUGCUCUGGCUGCGCGAACAACUUGGCCCGAGCACUUCGGGCUGCGGUCGGCACGCAGGAUGUCAAGGUGACUUUCAUUAGUGGAGUUGCUGAAUUUGGCCUCGACACGGAGAUUAAUACCCUGGACAACGUCAUUCGCAGCGCCCAGAAGGCUACCGGAUACAAACUGACACCAUUCUCCUCCGACACUCAGAGUAUCGGCGUUGUUAUGAGUGUGGCAGAAGCAAACAAAUUUCGAAACAACCUACCUCACGGUGUCGAAUCCUGCGAGAAGGUUUCCAAGACAACGUAUGAAAUCAGCUAUGACCCAUGCAUGAUUGGUGCCAGAGAUUUGCUUGCCGGUAUUGACGGCCAACUUGGUCCUCCCCGCAGCGACUCCCACCUUGACGAAGGGAAGCGUAGGCUCAUUCGAGUCUCUGUUUUGACCUUGGCAGCCUUCAUCCUGACGACCCCAGUUGUUGUACUCGAAUGGGGCCGUCCUUCUGGCGUUUCCGAGCACACAACCCUGAUAGUUGCCACAGUCCUUGCCACGUUGGUUCAAGCAAUUGCGGUUUCUGAGUUUUACAUUCCUGCCAUGUCGUCUUUGAUAUACAACAAAGUUGUCGAGAUGGACAUGCUUGUGGUCAUCAGCAUCACCGCCGCAUAUGUGUAUUCCAUCGUUGCGACAGGUCUUUUCUUUGUCAACACUGAGCUGAGGACCAAACCCUUUUUUGAGACGAGCACGCUGCUGGUCACGCUAAUCCUGCUUGGUCGCCUCCUGGCAGCUUGGGCUCGGAAACGUGCGGUGCAGGCCGUGUCAUUCAGGUCUAUGCAAACAUCGACGGCGUUGCUAAUCGAAACAGUAACGGGAAACACCAGAGAGAUCGAUGCUCGUUUACUUCAAUACGGGGAUAGGAUCUCAAUCCUGCCGCAUUGUCGGAUUGUCACCGAUGCUGAUGUUCUCGGAGGAACGAGUGAAGUGGAUGAGUCAAUGCUCACAGGCGAGAGUAUUCCCGUUGUCAAGACCGCUGGAAAUUCUGUUGUGUCCGGCACUGUCAACGGUAGUGGAACAUUAACAGCGAGGGUGUCUCGCUUGCCAGGGAGGAAUACCAUUACUGAUAUUGCCAAACUGGUCGAACAAGCACAAAGCUUCAAGCCGCGUGUCCAGGACUUGGCGGAUAAGGUAGCAGGGUAUUUUGUUCCAGUUGUGUGCACCAUGGCGCUUAUCGUCUUCACCAUCUGGAUCUUCGUUGCGCUGAAGAUUCGAAAACAAUCUGCUGGUGAUGCGAUCGGAACUGCCAUAGGCUAUUCCAUUGCUGUACUAGCCAUCACCUGCCCUUGUGCGCUCGGGUUGGCCGUUCCGAUGGUCCUAGUGGUCGCUGGAGGCGUGGCUGCCCAUGGCGGUGUCAUCAUCAAGACCGCAGACGUCGUUCAGCGCGGCUUCAAGGUUACCGACGUGGUCUUCGAUAAGACAGGAACACUCACUGAGCCAAGUCUGGAAGUCGUGAAAGAGCUUAUCGUCCACGUGUCCAAAGCUGACCCAGAUACCUUGCUCUCCUUGAUCAAGAAGAUGGUGAAGAGCAACAAACAUCCAGUUUCGGAAGCUGUCGCAAAGGCGCUGGAUGCACGGGUUUUACGCGACGCAGGAGUAGAGGGGGUCGUGUCCGUUCCUGGCUGCGGAGUCGAGGUGCAAUGGGAGGGUGUGACCGUCCGCGCUGGCAAUGCGAAGUGGCUCAAGAUCAGUGAGGUGCCUGAGGUUGCCGACUUGGCAGCCCAAGGGUUGACAGUCUUAUGCGUCACAAUUGACCACUCUCUAGCUGCAAUAUUCGGGUUGAAAUCUCGGCUUCGGGAAGGAGCGGCUGGUGUGGUUCGAGAGCUCCAUCGGCGGCGGAUCGUCGUUCACAUCGUAAGUGGCGAUGGGCGCCGUGCCGUGGAGGGCGUGGCAGCAGACCUUCAGAUACCCUUGGUGAACGUCGCUGCAGAGCGGACCCCAGCACAGAAGCAGGAAUAUGUGCGCCAACUUAUGGAUGGCGGAAAGAUCACACUGUUCUGUGGAGAUGGAACAAACGAUGCUGUCGCAGUUGCUCAAGCCAAUGUCGGAGUGCAAAUCGAGUCGUCUUCGGACGUCACGCGUGCCACGGCGGAUGUUGUCCUUCUUCGCAAUCUCGACGGCGUGAUCAGCUUGUUGGAUGUGUCUAAGGCCGCGUUUCGACGCAUCGCCUUCAACUUCGUCUGGUCAGCGGUAUAUAAUAUGCUUGCAAUCUUGCUCGCGGCAGGAGCUUUUGUCAAGGUUCGUAUUCCUCCGGCCUAUGCGGGUCUCGGCGAGAUGGUCAGUGUGUUCCCGGUCAUCGUCGCGGCGUUGACCCAGCCAAAGGUGAAGGCGAGGGACUGA